AUGAGUACAGCUUCAAUUGCCGAUCAGUGGUCACAUCGCCGCCUCGAUGUAAUUUGCCUGUAUAUUCUUGAAGACAUGGAACUCAAGCAGCUGAUCCGGGAGGUGAAAAUCGAACGAGAUGGGCGUGAGCUUACAUUGGAUGACUGGAAAAAAAUCCUGCUACCGUCAUGGGGUAUCUUCAAAAACAACUGCGCAACAGAGGCCAGCUUCAUUCUUGCAGAGAAGCGAAGAAUUGGAAGAGAAGAGCCCUGGGACUGCUUAGUUUUAGCAGGCGGAGUCCUUCUCAGUAUCCACGAUGUGAAGAGCUGCAGCAAACGAACUAAACGUGCCGCGCCCCAUACCACCCGUCCGCCUCGAAGACUUCUCACAUUUGUUCCUAUGCCAUUCAAUAUCGCCAGUCUCGAGGAAAUUGGAAUCUUCAGAGAUUUCCGACGUCUGCUCUGGUUUACGGGGGUUCACUUCGACAGUUGCUUCGACACUGGGACAUGGUCGAAAGACGAAAACGGACUCUACGGCAGAAGCGACGAGCUCCGGUCUGGGCUGACAAAGCUUAGCAAACUACACAACAUGCUAUGCGACGCCUUCAAGCACUUUAAGAGAGGCUCAGUUAGCACCGGAUUUGCCUUGACGCGUUCCGCCUUCCUGUUGAACGAGCUCAUCGUGCAGAUCUACCACCAUCGACAGUUUCCCGAUAUCCUGGCCCUCAUUCUCCUCGCCCAGAGACAGGGACAUGCAGAAAUCGGUAUGUCGCUGUGUAACAAUUUAUGCAAAUUGGCCGAAAAACUCUUACCCUCGAACGAUCCACGCGGACACAUCUUCCAGAUUCUGACGACGUUAAAGCUGGACUUAGCAGGUGAUCUCUACGUCGCCUUCGACACUUAUUGUCGACAUUUGUGGAUGUCAAGAGCAGGAACCAAUGAGAUCAAAGCGCACUACUCGUACAAUCAGGCCAGUUUUCCUCGGGCAGAUACAGGGCGAUUCUACGACCUGUAUGCGAGAAAGACGUUAGACGAACUUGAUCGCGUUUUGGAACAAGUCAACGAGGCAUUUGAUGAGUACAAUACAGCGCGCUUCGUUAUGUGGCACACUGCGAUCCGAUAUCUCUUAAAGGAAGCGAGACAUGCAGAUGCGGAAAAAUUCAGCCAAACACUAUGUUCCCGUCUGUGCAAGCCUGGCAUUAUGAAACACUGCAGCCAACAGCCGCAGAUGAAUGUGAACGUUUCUCUCAGCUUCUAUCUGUUUGGUGUGACACAGUUUGCACAGCUGAAAUAUCAAGACAGCAUGGAAAACUUCCAAAUGUGCAUCAACACUCGAAGGGUACUUGUGCAAGGGUAUAAUUGGGAUCCGACACUUGGGGCGGCACUGGAAAAAUUGGGUUUGGCGGCAGAAAGAAUGGGUCAUCCUGAGCUGGCGAAAAAAUCCUCGCAACAUCUUCAGGGAAUGUAUUCUGCUCUUGUUGAGAAGGAUAGAAUGGAACAAGCUCUUAAGUAGAUCCAUCAAGGUCUACUACUACCGUUCGGCCCUUCUUUCUAUGGAGUGCCGUUUUCUUUUCGAAUAAUUUGAAUGACGAAUAAAGAUCGCUCGAUUCCACUGUUCCUUACUCCCCGUAGAACGAAGAUUUGUACGUCCCUUAUGUUGAGAGUACUUCAUGGAGCAGCUGGAGAUCAUCCCAGGGGUUGGUACUGGUAGUAGCUGGAGAAUAUGUCGUCGGUCCUGCCUUCAUACCCUCAGGACCAGAAAGCCUGGAAACGGAUUCUUUAUAUUCU